AUGGCGUCGGCGAAACCGAUGAGCUCGGACGUUCAUCGAAUUGCGUCUGUCAUGGACGAGUUAACUCAAAAGCUUACACUGCUCACCUUUGUUAGCCCCCAAGUUUUAGAAGCAAUCCAGGAAAAUGAUUCCGGGCAUGUUGCAGAGAUCCUCGGCCCUGAAGUCCUGAAACGCAUGAUCGAACAAACUAGGCUUGAGGAGCUAUAUCACGGAAGCACAGCAACCGGCGAAGGAGCUGGCGUAGCAUCACUAGACGUGGAUGAUUUACAGGAAAUCGCUGAACAACUAGAAAGGAACACGAGGGAGUUGUGCAGGAAAAUGAGAGAGGUGCCCAACAUAGUGCAAGAAUUGCGAGCUCUACAAGAAACAAAGCCUGUUAACUCAGUGAAAUUCGUACAUGCUUUGGCAGAAAUGCAGGAAGUGGUGCUGAAACGCCUGACAACGGCGGUAGAAGAUGAGAAGGCCAACGAAGAGCUACUGCAAAUGUAUCUUCAGCAAGAGCAGGCCGCAGAAGACCGCCGUGCCGAGCUGGAGGCGCAGUUGGCACAGCUUCGAACUGACAGGCAAAAACAUGCGGCAAGAUCAUCAGAAGCGAUUACUAAGCUGAAGUCGGAUUUGCAUGAUAUCCAAAAUACCACGGAACAGCGGCUUUGGCAGAUGAACGAGGAGUUCGCUAAGCGUGACGCGCAACAGAGACGCACUUUCCAACGGAAAACUGGCGAUGCUGCUGCACUGAAGGCCCAAUUAGAAAAACGUGGGGCCAAUCAGGCAGCAGCAGCACGGGAGGAAAUAGAUGCUAAGAUUCGCAACCAGAAGAUAGCCAAAAGGGAUCUGGAGAAUGCUGUAAAGGCCCUCGAUAAGGACAUUUCUCAGAAAGAGAGAGAGAUUCAAGCGGUGCGGGAGAAGAAUAAGGUUGAUGAGGAGUCUUUGUCUUCUCUGGCCAAAGCUCUAGAAGCAAUUGACGAAGAGAAUGAGAGAAAGGAGCAAGCGGCACGCAUCUCGAGGGCAGUUUUUGCAAGGGCAGAAGCGGAAAGGAUCAAUAAGGCAGCUGCAGCAUGUCUCCUCCAGUCAUACUGGCGUGGAAUCAGCCAGCGCGAAGAGUACAUUGCGCUGAAGAAGGCAGCAGCACGGAAGACUAAAGCAAAAAAGAAGCCUAAGGUUUAG